AAAUUUAUAAGUUAAUAAUAGAUUUAGAGAAAGAAAAAAGUUUUUCUUCAAUAUAAUGAGGAGACUUAUUGUGGAGAAGCACUCUGUGGGGGAAAUUCAGCAGGAUGGUAGCAAGAUGGGUUUGUUUAGUUGUUGUCGGUUUGGCAGUUACGAGCUCUGUAAACGGUUUGGCAGAAAUCAUGAGCCACGUUACUGCGCAUUUCGGGAAGUCGUUGGAAGAAUGUAGGGAGGAGUCAGGCCUAACUCCAGAGAUCCUGGAGGCGUUCCAACACUUCUGGAGCGAGGACUUCGAGGUGGUGCACCGGGAGCUCGGCUGCGCGCUCAUCUGCAUGUCCAACAAGUUUGCGCUGAUGCAGGAGGACGCUAGGAUGCAUCAUAUGAACAUGCAUGAUUAUGUGAAGGGGUUCCCGCAAGGGGAGCUGCUCUCAACCAAGAUGGUAGAACUGAUCCACAACUGCGAGAAGCAAUACGACCAGAUGGAGGACGACUGCAGCCGCGUGGUGAAGGUGGCUGCCUGCUUCAAGGUGGACGCCAAGAAGGAAGGCAUAGCACCUGAAGUUACCAUGAUAGAAGCUGUUCUGGAGAAAUAUUACAUCACAGGAAUGAAUGUAAUGCAAGAAUUUAGUUUUAGUUUUGGCACCAAAAUGUUUGAGUGUGGGAAAAAGUUAAACUACGCUGGCGGCAUGGCCCACGACCUUCUAGACUUUUGGAAUAAGGACUAUCCCCUAAAUAACGUGGGCCUCGGGUGUCUGGUUGUGUGUGCGUUGGCGGCGUUCGAUCUGGUUGGCCAUGAUGGAAACCUCGUGCUUAGCCAUGCUGAAGGGUAUUUGAUGGCCAAUGGUGCUGAUGAAGUAACAACAAAGACGCUAAUAGACCUGUACACCACGUGCCGGAGUCGCGUCUCCAGCUCCCACCACUGCGAGGCAGCUCUGAAGGUGGCAGAGUGCUUCCGAAGUGGCAUCUGGCAACGCAGCUGGGUCCCUGAUGUUAGUGCCAUCUUCUCAACACGGAGAGUUCAAUGCCCUGAUUAUAGUGUUUAUUGA